AUGGCUGCUCGGGGCUCUCAGCUCCGACCCAUACACACCACUCCGCGCAGGCUCUCAGCUCCCGAACCCACUCACACCACUCCGCCAGGCUCUCAGCUUUCCCGACCCUCACACACACUCCCAGCUCUCAGCUCCCGACCCUCACACCACUCCCCCCAGGCUCUCAGCCCCCGACCCUCACACCACUUCCCCAGGCUCUCAGCACCCACGCCCUCACCCACUCCGCCAGGCCUCUCAGCCCCCGACCACUCACACACCACUCCGCCAGGCUCUCAGCUCCCGACCCUUAACACCACUCCUCCAGGCUCUCAGCCCCCGACCUCACACCACUCCUCCAGGCUCUCAGCUCCCGACCCUCUACACCACUCCGCCAGGCUAGCUCACCCCGACCCUCACACACUCCGCCAGGCUCUCAGCCCCCGCCCUCACACCACUCCGCCAGGCUUCUCAAGCCUCCCCUCCGACCCUCACACCACUCCGCCAGGCUCUCAGCUCCCGACCCUCACACCACUCCGCCAGGCUCUCAGCUCCCGACCUACACCACUCCGCCAGCUUCUCAGCUCCCGACCCUUACACCACUCCGCCAGGCUCUCAGCCCCGACCCUGCACACCACUCCUCCAGGACUCGGCAAGGUCCCCCGACCCUCGAACUACCACUCCUCCAGCUCUCAGCCCCCGACCCUCACACCACUCCGCCAGGCUCUCAGCCCCCGAACAUUACACCACUCCGCCAGGCUCUCAGCUCCCGACCCUCACACCACUCCGCCAGGCUCUCAGCUCCCUACCCUCACACCACUCCGCCAGGCUCUCAGCUCCCUACCCUCACACCACUCCGCUCAGAACUGA